UAACAGCGCGGUUACCGGAGACGAGAGCAGAGUUCGACAUUUUCUUUGGAUCCUGAAUCACCCCGGCCAUUGAAGUGAAUAUUACGGAUGGCAACUGUGACUGCAUCACAAUUCGUUUCUAGAAGCUCACACCUCAACAGCGGGGGAGCAUCUGGCCCUCAGACUAAGGCAACAUGGGCACAGAUUGGCCUCAGAAAUCAAACAGUGACUCACAAUGGGUUAAGGUCUUUGAAUAAAGUUGAUAUGAUACAGAUGAGAACCAAUGCUAAAGCAAAUACAAAGCAUGCAAGAAAGAAGGGAUUCAAAACUGAAAAUGACGGGCGGUUUGGAACCAUUGUAUGCGGAAAAGGAAUGAACUUGAUCUUUGUGGGAGCAGAGGUUGGUCCAUGGAGCAAAACCGGUGGUCUUGGUGAUGUUCUUGGAGGACUACCACCAGCUAUGGCGGCCAAUGGUCACCGAGUUAUGACGGUCUCUCCACGUUAUGACCAGUACAAGGAUGCUUGGGAUACAGAAGUUAAGGUUGAGAUUAAAGUUGGGGACAUAACUGAAACAGUUCGGUUCUUCCACUGUUACAAACGAGGAGUUGAUCGUGUUUUUGUCGAUCAUCCUAUUUUCCUUGAGAAGGUAUGGGGAAAAACUGGUUCCAAGGUCUAUGGUCCUAUGGCUGGAGAGGAUUAUCAGGACAACCAACUCAGAUUCAGCUUGUUAUGUCAGGCAGCUCUAGAAGCUCCAAGGGUUCUGAAUCUCAACAGCAGCAAACAUUUCUCUGGACCAUAUGGAGAGGAUGUUGUGUUCAUUGCCAAUGACUGGCACACGGCUCUUCUCCCAUGCUACCUGAAAAGUAUGUACAAGCCUAGAGGGAUUUCCAAAAAUGCUAAGGUUGCUUUCUGCAUUCACAACAUUGCCUACCAAGGCAGAUUUGCCUUCUCGGACUUCUCACUUCUCAAUCUUCCAGACCAGUUUAAGAGUUCUUUUGAUUUUAUAGAUGGGUAUGAGAAGCCAGCAAAGGGAAGGAAAAUUAAUUGGAUGAAGGCUGGAAUAUUAGAAUCAGACAGGGUCAUCACUGUCAGCCCAUAUUAUGCUGAAGAACUUGUUUCAGGUGUAGAUAAGGGUGUGGAGUUGGAUAACAUCAUUCGCAAGACCGGAAUUACUGGUAUUGUGAAUGGGAUGGAUAUUCAAGAGUGGAACCCAUCUACGGACAAAUAUAUUGAUGUCAAAUAUGAUGCUACAACUGUGUUGAAUGCCAAACCUCUUUUGAAGGAAGCACUUCAAGCUGAGGUUGGUUUGCCUGUGGAUAGAAAUAUCCCUGUCAUAGGUUUCAUUGGUAGACUUGAGGAGCAGAAAGGCUCAGAUAUCCUAGCAGCCGCCAUUCCCCAAUUUAUUGGAGAGAACGUUCAGAUUGUGGUUCUUGGUACAGGUAAAAAACCAAUGGAGAAGCAACUUGAACAGUUGGAGGUAAAAUAUACAGAUAAGGCCAGAGGCAUCGCAAAAUUCAAUGUACCCCUGGCACAUAUGAUCAUUGCUGGUGCUGAUUUUAUGUUGAUCCCAAGUAGGUUUGAACCAUGUGGCCUCAUUCAAUUACAUGCCAUGCGAUAUGGAACGGUUCCUAUCGUUGCAUCGACUGGUGGACUUGUUGACACUGUGAAGGAAGGUUUCACAGGAUAUCAGAUGGGAAGCUUCAAUGUAGAGUGUGAUGCUGUUGAUCCGGCUGAUGUGACUGCUGUGACGACAACCAUUAAGAGGGCCCUUAGGAUGUGUGGUACUCUUGCUUUAGAAGAGAUGAUAACAAACUGCAUGGCUCAAGAUCUAUCCUGGAAGGAACCUUCCAAGAAGUGGGAGCAGUUGCUAUUGAGCCUGGAAAUUUCAGGAAGUGAACCUGGAAUCGAUGGUGAGGAAAUCGCUCCCCUUGCGAAGGAGAAUGUAGCCACUCCUUGAGGGCUGGAGCCAUAUUUGCGUGUGCAUUCUUAAUAGACUCAA